AUGUCUGCUUCCGAAUACUACAAAGGAACCUCCAACUCGCAACCUCAAUAUGCUAGUCCCAUGGGUCCCCCACCAGGCCACCAAACAGACAGUAGAGGGUUUUUCAGUUCGAAUCAGCAUCAGCAACAGCAGCAGCCUCCGCAGGCGUAUUACGGCCAUCAACAACAACAAUACUACGCCAACCCUCCGCCAAACUACAAUCAGCAGCAGCAUUACUACCCACAACAGCACCAACAACAGCCGGGCUAUUACAAUCAACAGCAACAACCUGUUUACGUGCAGCAAAAGCCACCCACCAGCAAUAAUACCGACUGUUUAACAGCAUGUCUUGCAGGUAUGUGUCUAUGCUGCACAUUAGAUUUGUUGUUCUAA